UCAGCCUGUGAAUCGAGGAAGCAGAAGUCGCUAGACAUAAGCGAUAGUUCAGCGUUUUUAUACAGUUUAAAGGUAUUAAUAUAUUAUUUAUCGACAUUAAUGCACGUUAAAGACUUCUUAAUGACUCUGUAGUGACAGAAGACGGCGUUUUAAGGAUUAAAAGCAUGCAGUGCACAGCCUCCUCUCCUCAGGACCCAACACAGGUGAGCGGCGACCGGGCCGAACUGACCCAGCUGCCCGCUAAGGACGCGUCCUCCAUAGACAGCAGCUCUGAUCUGGGCAGCCCCAGAGCGCUGACCUUUGACCUGCUGAACAUGGUGAUCUCCUUUAAGCGGAUGGCCAUCUUCCUGGAGCCCGUCACAGACACGCUGGAGGUGCUUCGGUACCUGCUCGGGUGGAGGAUGCCGCUGUGUUCCCUGUUGAGCUGCGUUCUGCUCAACAUCCUCUUCCUCACUCUGAGUGAAGGUGCGUGGGUCACUCUGCUGCUGCUGGCCGUCUCUGCUCCGGCUGUGCUGGGGUACCUUGGCAACCGUUGCCAGAGUGUGAGCAGUGAGGUGGUGGUUCAGAAGAAGAAACACUAUGCGGUGCAGCGACGAGACCUGCAGACGGUCCACAUGAGCAAACAGGAGGCCGUGCUGGAGGUCAAGGACAUGCUGAAACGAAUAGAUGAGCUGUUGACCCAGGCGUGUGUGUGUGCAGAAUCUGUGUAUAAAGUGCUGUACUGGGAGAGCCAUGCCAUGUCCUCCAUGUUUUACGGCUCUCUCCUGACAGCGGUUUGUUUGAUGUAUACGGCUCCGGUUGGUUUAAGUCUGUCUGUAAUCAAUAGCAUCCUCUUUCUGUGGAACCGAAACUUCUGUAGAGUUCUUUUGGAGCUGAAGCAGUUUGUUCACCCAAGUCGAGUCCAGCCUGCAGAGGAAACUGAACCAUGUGACCCAGAUCAGGCACAUCUGUUGGAACGCACACCCACUCCAACCAGUGUGGAGGAUCUGUCUCCUGGCAACAUUGAAGAGGCAGAGGAGGCGGAGCCUGAUGAUGAGUUUAAAGAUGCCAUAGAGGAAUCUCAGCUUGUUCUGCCGGAAACUCCUCUGGCUUUAGUGGGGUGGCCUGUAACCUAUUUUCUACCAAAGAUUGCAAGGAGAUGGAGAGCCCGUAAGGAUGAUGAGGAUGUGUCUUCUGGUGUUCCUGAGUUUGACACCGUGUCUGAUAACGGGCUGCUGAGCAGAAAUGAGCCCAUCCGCAGUAAAGUUUCCAAACUCACUGAAAAACUUCGCAAGCGUGUCCCUACCAACACCACCGGUAACUGCUCCCAGUGCAAUUCAGCGUUUUCUGUUUUAAAGAAAAGGAGAAACUGCAGUAACUGUGGUGUCAGCUUUUGCUCCCGCUGUUGCUCGUAUAAAGUGUUCAGAUCGAGUAUGGGAGCCACAGCUCCCGAAGCCCAAAGAGAGACUGUGUUUGUUUGCUCUAUGUGUAAUACUUUCCUCAGCACCAAGUAGGAUUGACCUUCAUCCUGAAAUAAUCUUUCACCAUUGCAAUCCUAUACAAGAAACUAGAAGAACUUCACAUGGCUACUUCAGUGAUUCUUGCUGUUUCUUUCCUUCACUGUGGAGCAUUUCAGAUGGAAGACUAAAAUCCUGCAGGUUAUGUUGCCUCAACUCUCUUCCUGAGGUUCUUCAGAGUUUUUUGUCUGUCCAAAACUUGUGACCCAUACAUGAGCUCCUUUACAUCAAAAGGUGAACUUUUCCUAAGAAUAUGCUGCUUUCCCUAGUCGACACUUUUAUUUAUCAAAGCCUGACACCAAGACUGAUUGGUUUACUUGGACCUCACUUUGCUGUGACAUCAAAUGCUGUAGUUUCAUCAUACCUUAUGACAUCACUUUCCAGAAUUUGAGUCCUUGGUGGAAUAUCAGGUUAAUAUCAAAGGCCCUGUUGAAGACCAUUACAAUGAUGUUGGUUAUUUAUAGACCAUUUCGCUAGAUGUAAACAUACUGGUACCGAUACACUUCCUGUUUCUUUUUUUUUAAACUUUACACAAACAUCACAAAAAAAUACAACCAACAUAACAUUUGACUGGAUGAAAAUGUUACAUUAGCACCUUUAAGAUGUAUUUGUAUAUGUGAAAUAAAAAACAAAAAAAACAGGAAGCGCUUCUGGACCAGUGUUGUUUACAUCUAGUGAAAUAGUCUAUUGAAUUGGAUGCCAAAACCAAUGGAUUUGAGCAUCCUAUACUGUACCACAUAGUGUCAAAUGUAAUUAGUUGACAUCAGUGGAAGAAAAUCAGUCAGUUUCUUUUUCUCAUAACCCUUUUGACUAAUCUGUUGCAAUUCAACCUUCUGCUAGCUGCUUAUCUGCUUGAACCCAUGAUUGUUGGUUACAUAAUUUGUGUAAUUUUAUCUGAAAAAGCUUUAAUUUAUAUGUACGUUUGUUGUUGGGACACCCUCAAAAACAUUUAUACUAAUGCAAAUAAUGCUAUUAUAUUAGUCUAUCAGCAAAUCAUUCCCUAGAGUUCUCCUGUUCACAUUGUUG